UGGCAGGAAGAGGCAGCCCCUCUUUUUAAAAGAAACCUCGCUGCUGUCAGUUCCGCUUGUCUUGUGUUUGUAAUGUUUGUACAGUUUAACAACCGAUAAUGCCUGUGGAAAGCCUGCCGAUGCGGAAUGCGUCCAUUCAGAUCCGUUUAUUACAACAAUAUCUGGUUCUUCUGAAGAAAAACCCCAUCCUUACUAAGUCUGUGACGAGUGGCAUCCUCACAGCUUUAGGAAAUCUCCUGUCUCAGAUUUUGGAGGCCAGAAAAAAGGCCAACAAUGGAGCUCUGGUCAAUCAGAUUGACCCAGCUGGAGCUGCGCGCUACGCCAUUUAUGGAUUGGUCAUUACAGGACCGGUGAGCCAUUACUUUUACCAGCUGAUGGAGGUGUGGCUGCCCAGCACAGACCCGUUCUGCAUAGUAAAGCGUCUGCUGCUGGAUCGGCUGGUUUUCGCCCCCGGCUUUCUGCUAAUUUUUUACUUUGUUAUGAACAUCCUGGAGGCAAAAGGGUGGAAAGACUUUGAAAAGAAGAUGAGAGGAAGUUACUUCACUGCUCUGAAGAUGAACUGGAAAGUGUGGACUCCCUUCCAGUUCAUCAAUAUCAACUUUGUGCCUGUCCAGUUCAGAGUACUGUUUGCCAACGUGGUGGCCUUAUUUUGGUACGCCUACCUUGCGUCAGUGAGGAAAUGAACCUCCCCUAGAUCUCUUCACUGAAAAUGAAUCUGGAGAAAACGACUUCACUGUGGCUUCAGCAUUUGGCCGAUUACUGUACUACUGUUUAUGUAAUGGACAAUAAUUCUCAAAUGCAGUAGUCUUAAUGAUUUCUAGUUCAAGCUACCAUAAAACUGUCAUGUUGGAUACAUAAGUAUUUUUGUAAUUACAUAGCAGAAUACAUUACAUUUUUACAGAGCCCUGACACAUUAUCAAAAUACGUAAUUUAAACAUUUAAUUAUGUGAUUAAAAAAAGUGUCUUAUUAACUGAAAUAAUGUGAAUUUAAAAAAAUCUUCUUCUGAUUUUGUUCUGUACAGAGUACAGCUCCACCCCCUGAGCAGAGAAAAUGAUAGGCAGGAAACGCGUAAGGAGACAUUUAAAAGUCAUUUUUAUUAGUUUUUAACAAUAUCCACUGUUCAUAAUGCUGUGUGUAUAAUACAUUUGAACUGCCAAAAAACAAAUAAAGCCUAAACACGUGCCUGAGAUGUUACAGAAUACAGCAGCCUACAUUGAGGAAUGCAAUACAAAUAAAUUAAAACUAAAAGCAA